AUGCGCAAAAGAGUGUUGAUGGUGGCUGAAAAGCCAUCACUUGCAGAAAAUAUCGCCUAUCAUCUAUCAGGAGGGAAGGCCCAGAAGCACCAGCGCGCGCUCCGCGUGUUUGAGUUCGAAGGUUAUUUUAUGCAGCAGCCCGCCUUUAUCAAGGUGACCAGCACUACCGGCCACGUUUUUUCCUGUGAUUUCACCCCACAACAUCAGAACUGGGAUAAAACAGAUGAGGAAGAUCUUUUUAACGCCCCCGUCAUGUGGAAGGAUACUUCUGAGAAGGUAACCCACCAUCUUGAACACGAAGCGCAAGGUUGUGAUGAGCUUGUGCUUUGGUUAGAUUGCGAUCGUGAGGGUGAAAACAUCUGUUUUGAGGUGAUCCAGGUGGUAUCGAAGAGCAUUUACAGCUGGGAUCGAAUAUGGCGUGCUAUCUUUUCGGCCAUUACACAUGAGGAGAUAACACGUGCCUAUUAUAAUCUUGUCAAGCCGAACAAGAGUGUUAGCGAUGCAGUAAGAUGUCGACAAAUACUGGACUUGAAAGUCGGUGUAGCGUUUACACGAUAUCAGACAAAGUUUUUUCAGGGCCAAUACGCCGAUCUGAACGCGAAUGUGGUGAGCUACGGCCCAUGCCAGACGCCAACCCUAGGGUUUUGUGUUCAGAGACACGAUGACAUCGUGGGCUUCAAACCCGAGAACUACUGGAAGUUGGUGGCGGUGGCAAACCGCGGCGGUACUUUGCUGCAAUUUGAGUGGGAACGCGGACGUGUGUUUGAUGAGACUAUGGCACGUCUUCUUCAUCAAAAGGUGACCAAGACGAAGAUCGCGAAGGUCGUGCAGGUGUCUGUUGGUAGCGAUACACGCGCACGACCUACCGCGCUAAACACGGUGGAAAUGCUGAAGGUAGCUACAAGGGCUCUUGGCAUCGGCCCACACUAUGCGAUGAAUAUUGCUGAAGGUCUAUACAUCCGCGGCUACAUAUCCUACCCGCGAACGGAAUCGACGGCGUACCCCAAUUCCUUCGACCUUACAGGCGUGCUGAAAGAGCAGAAGGGGCACUCUGUAUGGGGUGGUUAUGUUACUGCGCUGUUGCAGAGCGGCCACGUCCGUCCGAAGGCUGGCAAGGAUGCAGGAGACCAUCCCCCCAUCACCCCAAUGCGAGUCGCAGGGCCUGGUGAGCUUUCAGGUGAUGAAUGGCGUCUCUAUGAGUACAUUACUCGUCAUUUCAUUGCAACGCUUUCACCCGAUUGCAAGAUGACAAAGACGAAGAUUACGAUUGAUUUGCAUGGGGAGAUGUUCCACGUCGUCGGGAGGGUCGUUGAGGACCCAGGCUUCACGGAGAUUAUGCCUCACCUUAGCAUAAAGGAUGACAAGAUCCCAACUAACAUAGCACGUGACGAUGAGUUUCAUUUAUCUGAUGUCCGGCUUCAGCCCGGGCAAACCCAGCCUCCUUCCUAUCUUACGGAAGCGGAGCUGAUUGGUCUUAUGGAAAAGAACGGUAUUGGCACGGACGCUUCGAUACCAACGCAUAUCAAUAACAUUGUUGAGGGCGGCUACUGCACGAUCGAGCCGGGAAGGCAGAUCAAGCCCACCAAGCUCGGCAUUGUGCUUAUCCACGGCUUCAGUGCAAUUGAUCCAGAGCUGGUAUUGCCCAUGGUGCGCAGCCGCAUGGAGGAGUAUGUAACUCUCAUCGCGGAGGAUAAGGCGCAUUUGGAUGAUGUUCUAUCCUUCAGUCUAAAACUUUUCUUUGCUAAGUUUAAAUUUUUCAAAGAGCACAUCGAAGUGUACGACGCCCUCAUGAGUGCUUCAUUUUCACCUCUCUCGACGAGUGGGAAGCCAAUCACUCGGUGUGGGAACUGCUCGCGCUACCUCAAGUACAUCACCGCGCGGCCUCAGCGGUUGUACUGCGCCUACUGUGAGGCGAUCUUCAAUCUUCCCCAGGGUGGCACCGUUCGGCCCUACUCCAACUUCGUCUGCCCUCAAGACCAGUUUGAGCUCGUCGUGUGUCACAUUCAGGGCGGGAAGUCGUUCCCGCUUUGCCCGCAGUGCUACAACCACCCCCCGCUCGAGGAGCUGGAGGCAGCGGGGCAAGCUGGGACAGGGAAGACGGUGCACCUUUCCUGUGACAUGUGCCACUGUCACAGCUGCGAGCAUAGCCUUGCGCGGAAUUACGUCAGUGACUGCGUCGAUGAGGCGUGUGGAGGGAGCAUGGCCUUUGUCCCGCGUACCGCGGGGAAUUGGCGGGUGUGCUGCAACCGCUGCACGAUGAUGGUGCUGCUCCCGUCCACCGCGCAGCGCGUCGGGGUCACCACGGAGGAGUGUGAGACAUGCGGUGCCACCCUCAUGGAGGUGGUCUUCCCACCUGGCAAGAGCCCCUUGCCGAAUUCGAAGGAGCGGCUGAAGGGGUGCGUGUACUGUAAUGCUACAUUGAGUAGUUUGUGCGAGGAGGUACGCGGUCGAUCGUGCAACUUCACCCGAGGAAGGGGAAGGGGACGCGGAAGAGGAAGAGGAAGAGGAAGAGGAAGAGGACGGGGCCGUGGUGGCAACCAUCGUGAAUAG